AUUCAUCAAGAUAUGGACGGAAAACUGUUAUCCGUCGUCAUUCUCCUCACGGUUUCCGUCACCUUCUCCGUUCCUCUCCACUACCAAACCCUCGUCCUCACUUCCCUCCCCAACCCCCAAUCCCAAUCUCUUUCCUGGCCCACUCAGCAACAAUCCGAUUCCCAAAUCCGACCCGAAUCCGACACCACUCUCUCACUGGACUUGCACCAUGUCGACAAUCUCCCCCCUUCAGCAUCAGCAGCUUUCAGUUCAACCCCUCAAUCCCUCUUCAAACUCCGUCUCCGCCGUGACGCCGUUAGGGUCAGAGCUCUCUCUACCAUCGCUAACGUCUCCGUCGGCAGGCCAGGUGAUUUCAGCAGCUCAAUUGUUUCGGGGCUCGCGCAAGGGAGUGGCGAAUACUUCACGCGCAUCGGGAUAGGCACUCCGCCCAAGUAUGUCUACAUGGUGCUCGACACCGGAAGCGACGUCGUUUGGGUUCAGUGCUCCCCUUGCAGGAAAUGCUACUCUCAGUCCGACCCUGUUUUCGACCCCAAAUCGUCCACCUCCUUUUUAGGACUCACCUGCCACUCCCCGGUUUGCCGCCGGCUCGAUUCCCCAGGCUGCAACAACCGGGACAAGUGCCUUUACCAGGUUUCUUACGGCGAUGGUUCCUUCACCGUCGGCGAAUUUUCAACUGAAACGCUGACGUUUCGUAAGACGAAAGUUGAUAACGUCGCCUUCGGCUGCGGACAUGACAACGAGGGUUUGUUUGUCGGCGCCGCCGGUUUGUUGGGCCUGGGCCGUGGGAAGUUGUCUUUUCCUACUCAAGCCGGCAGCCGAUUCGGGAGGAAGUUCUCCUACUGCUUGGUGGACCGGUCGGCUUCAUCCAAGCCGUCUUCCAUGGUGUUCGGCGAAUCCGCCGUUUCCAGAAACGCCGUCUUCACGCCGUUACUGACCAACCCGAAGCUGGAUACAUUUUUCUACGUAGGUCUAAACGGCGUUUCGGUCGGCGGAACGCGUGUCCCGGGAAUCGCGGCGUCGCUUUUCAAGCUGGACCCGACUGGCAACGGGGGGGUGAUAGUGGAUUCGGGGACGUCGGUGACCCGACUGACCCGACCCGCUUACGUGGCGCUGAGGGAUGCUUUCCGAAUUGGGGCGUCGAACUUGAAGAGGAGCUCAGAAUUCUCUCUGUUCGACACGUGCUUUGAUCUGUCAGGGAAGACGGAGGUGAAGGUGCCGACGGUGGUUCUGCAUUUGGAGGGAGCUGACGUGUCGUUGCCGGCGUCGAAUUACUUGAUUCCGGUGGACAGUGAGGGGAAGUUCUGCUUCGCAUUUGCAGGGACAAUGAGCGGGUUGUCCAUUAUUGGUAAUAUUCAGCAGCAGGGUUUCCGGGUCGUUUUCGACUUGGCGGGUAAUAGGGUCGGGUUCGCUCCAAGGGGUUGUGCUUAAACUAAAAUAUCCCUAUUUUCUUUUUUAUCUAUCUCUCUAAUUAAUGUCUUUAUUGAAGAAGAGGAGAGGAGAGGAGAGAUUAGGGAGAAACUAGGAAUAAAUAAUGUGAUAAAAUGUUUGUUGUUACGAAUUAAUGAAAAGUUGGAAGCAGUGACAAAAUUUGAAGAAUUAAAAAAGGUUGUAGUAUGAAAAUAAAGGUAAAGUUGGUCAACCGUGUUGUUUGAUUUCGUCAUUUUUAAUCAGGGUUGUUGGAUCCUUCCACCCUUUAUACACUUUUAUCUUCAU